GCUUGUUCAGAAAAGAGAGGAAGGCAAUCACUCAGCAGCACUAAAACGAUGGAGUUGACUUGCUGCUGUAAAAAAAACAAAACUACUUGACUUGAUAACCCUUAAUCUCAAGCAAUCAUUAUCCAUUAAUACAAGUCUCCCUUUUUCCUCCUCUACAAAUCAAUUCCAUUUCAACACACACACAGAGGGAGAAUCAGAAUAACACUCAAAAACAUCCACAUGACAAUACCAGCACCUCUAUCCCUUGUUCAAUUAACAAUUUACUCUCUUCUAACCUCCUUUCUCAUCCUGAGCCAUGCAGGCUCUGUCUCUCAGUCUCAGCUUCAUGCUCAAGAACAUGCAGUCCUACUGAAUAUAAAGCUCCACCUGCAAAAUCCACCAUUCCUCACUCACUGGACCUCAUCAAACACCUCCCACUGCUUAUGGCCAGAGAUCACCUGCACCAGAGGCUCUGUCACCGGGUUGACUCUGGUCAACGCCAGCAUCACUCAAACCAUACCACCUUCCCUAUGUAACCUCACAAACCUCACACACGUUGACUUCAGCAAGAAUUUCAUUCCUGGUGGUUUCCCAACAUCUCUCUACAAGUGCUCCAAGCUGGAGUACCUCGACCUUUCGAUGAACAACUUUGUUGGUUUCAUUCCUCAUGACAUUCACCGCUUGGUUAACCUGCAACACCUUAAUCUCGGUUCAACAAACUUCACUGGUGACAUUCCCGCGAGUGUUGGAGCUUUGAAGGAACUGAGAUACCUCCAACUUCAGUAUUGUCUGCUUAAUGGAACUUUCCCUGAUGAGGUUGGUAACUUGCUCAAUCUUGAAUUCUUGGACGUGUCUUCUAAUUUUUUGCUCCCUUCAAGGAUUCCAUCAAGCUUAACCAGGUUGAACAAGCUGAGAUUCUUUCAUAUGUUUGGUUCGAACUUGGUAGGGGAAAUCCCUGAAGCCAUUGGAGGAAUGGUGGCAUUGGAGAAUUUGGAUAUAUCUCAAAACAAUUUAACUGGAAAAAUUCCCAGUGGUUUGUUCAUGCUGAAGAAUCUGAGCAUACUGUAUCUUUACAAUAACAAUCUUUCUGGGGAAAUACCUGGUAUGGUUGAAGCAUUGAAUUUGACUGACCUUGAUAUUUUACAGAACAACCUUUCUGGGAAAAUACCAGAAGAUUUUGGAAAGCUCCAAAAGUUAACUAGGUUGAGUUUGUCUAUGAAUAGCUUGUCAGGGGAGGUACCGAAAAGCAUAGGUCGUCUUCAAUCUCUGAUAUACUUUCAUGUAUUCAUGAACAACUUGUCAGGUACUCUACCUUCUGACUUUGGCUUGUACUCAAAGCUUGAGUCUUUUCAAGUUGCAUCUAACAAUUUCAAGGGAAGGUUGCCAGAGAACUUGUGUUAUCAUGGUGAGUUGUUUAAUUUAACUGUUUAUGAAAAUCAUUUCACUGGGGAGUUGCCAGAAUCACUUGGAAAUUGCAGUAGCCUACUUGAUCUGAAAGUUUAUAGUAAUGAGUUUUCUGGUAACAUUCCUAGUGGUCUUUGGACUUCCAAUUUGGUUAAUUUCAUGGCAAGCUAUAAUAAUUUCACUGGUGAGCUUCCUGAAAGACUGUCUUCAAGUAUUUCACGCGUUGAGAUAAGCUACAAUAAUUUUUAUGGUAGAAUUCCAAGGGAAGUAUCUUCAUGGAAGAAUGUGGUAGAAUUUAAAGCCAGUAAGAACUACCUUAAUGGAAGUAUUCCUCAAGAGCUAACAGCUCUUCCCAAGCUAACAAAGCUGUUGCUUGAUCAGAACCAGCUCAAUGGGCCACUUCCAUCACAUUUAAUAUCUUGGAAGUCACUAGUGACUCUAAAUUUGAGCCAUAACCAACUCUCUGGACAAAUCCCAGCUUCAAUUGGUCUUUUAGUUGUCCUUAGUGAGCUUGACCUGUCAGAAAAUCAAUUCUCUGGCCAAAUUCCGGCUAUACUUCCCAGAAUCACCAAGCUCAAUCUAUCCUCCAAUUUUUUGACUGGGGAGAUCCCAAUUGAGCUUGAAAAUUCUGUGGAUUCCACCAGCUUUUUGAACAAUUCUGGCCUCUGUUCUGAUACCCCAUUGCUAAACCUUACCUUGUGCAAUUCUAGCCUUCAAAACCCAACCAAAGGCUCAUCUUGGUCUCCUUUUUUGGUUACAAUCCUGGUGGUUGUAGCAUUUUUACUGGCUUUAUCAGCAUCCCUCCUGAUUAUCAAACUUCACAGAAAAAGAAAGCAAGGAUUGGAGAAUUCAUGGAAGCUCAUUUCCUUUCAAAGGUUGAGUUUCACAGAAUCAAACAUAGUGUCCUCAAUGACAGAACAUAAUAUCAUUGGCAGUGGUGGAUUUGGGACAGUAUACCGUGUUGCUGUUGAUGGUUUAGGCUAUCUUGCUGUGAAAAAGAUCUCGGGUGACAGAAAGUUAGACCGAAAGCUCGAGACUUCAUUUCAUGCAGAGGUUAAAAUAUUGAGCAAUAUUCGGCAUAACAACAUUGUGAAGUUGCUGUGCUGUAUCUCUAAAGAGGACUCUUUGCUCCUUGUGUAUGAGUAUUUGGAAAACCAUAGCCUAGAUAGGUGGCUGCAUAAGAGUGAUUCAUCCGCUGUUUUUCCGGGUUCAACCCAUCAUGUUGUCCUUGAUUGGCCAAAGAGACUGCGAAUAGCCAUUGGGGUUGCCCAUGGUUUGUGCUACAUGCACCAUGAUUGUUCACCCCCUAUUGUUCAUCGAGAUAUAAAGACAAGCAACAUCCUUUUGGAUACUGGAUUCAAUGCAAAAGUUGCUGAUUUUGGUCUGGCUAGGAUGUUAAUGAAGUCGGGGCAAUUUAACACCAUGUCAGCUGUUAUUGGCUCAUUUGGCUACAUGGCACCAGAAUAUGUUCAGACAACUCGAGUCAGUGUAAAGGUUGAUGUCUAUAGCUUUGGGGUUGUCCUGUUGGAACUUGCAACUGGUAAAGAGGCUAAUUAUGGUGAUGAGCACUCAUCUCUUGCAGAAUGGGCGUGGCGCCAUGUUCAUGUAGGAAGCAAUAUAGAAGAGUUGCUAGACCAUGAUUUCGUGGAACCUAGUUGCUUGGAUGAAAUGUGCUGCGUUUUUAAACUUGGGAUCAUGUGCACUGCAAUACUUCCUGCAAGCAGGCCUUCCAUGAAGGAGGUCGUAAACAUAUUGCUUCGCUGCGAAGAAGGAUUUAGUUCUGGGGAGAGGAAUCUUGGACUUGGGUAUGAUGCUGUUCCAUUGCUUAAGAAUUCAAAACGGGAGAGUAGGUUGCAUGUUGUUGAUAGUGAUAGUGACUAAGGAACUAGUGGAACUCCGGAUUUGGAUUCCCUGCAAUCUUCAAUUCACACAUUCAAGUAAUCUGAGUCGUUCGAACGACUCAUAUGUCUUUGUAAGAUCAAAGGAUUUAGAUAACUUCAAAAUUUGCGGUGUUAGUUCUUUGAUCGAACGACUCAAUUACUUGACCAUGACAAAAGGGAAUCCAAAUUCGUGGAACUCUUCCAUAGAAGGCACCACCACCAUGGUGCGCCAUCCUCAUUGAACAUGUAGAACAAGCCAAACAUGGUUUGUAGAGGGAAGAAAAUGGAAUCCAACAUGUUGUAUAUACAAAAAUGGUGUGCAUGCUGUAUAUGUCUGCAAUUUUGUCACAUCAUUCUCUUCCGAGCACCUGGACAAAAUGUAUAGUUAUAUAAGGUAUGGAAAUGAGAUAUUUAAUGAUAAAUUUCAGUUUUGUCUAA